AUGUUUGAAGCUUCUAAUGCAUUUUAGUUUGAGUUUUAUUAAUGUUCUUGAAAAAAAGAAGUGGAAGAAAAAAAAUUUGUCUUUCCAUGAUAUGAUACAAUUGGUUUUCCAUCUGAAGUAAAUUUGGUAUGAAUGAUUGCACAUUUGAAAAUCUCAAUAUAGUGGAUAUGGAGUAAUAACAGUUGUGCUUGGAAGAAAAAUAGGUAAGUCUUUUAAAUUACGGCCCUUAUGAUCAGAAAGUUACAAUAACUCCAUUGUACUGACUGGCACACUGGACUUAGUGAAACGACGAACGGUAUCUGAAGUUAAAAUGAUAGAAUAGUACAACGUAUUCGUACAACAUCGUAGAAGCUAGCUCAAGAUUCAAGAUUCGAAAUUAAUUUAAGAAUACACCGUACGACUACUAGAACUUCGAUUAGCCUCAGAUUCUGUUUUCCGUUUGAAGUAGGCCGUUUUGCUUGAUCAGAUGAGCUACAGAACGACUUUCGUACCCAGAGAGAAUAUAAAGCUCGAAGUGUACAUUGAUGUGUGUCUACAUCAUCUGAUUGUUUGUGCUUCAUUUGUAUCGGAACAUUGAUGAACAAGAGUCAGACUGUGUGAUUGUUGAUGGAGAAGAUGGAAUCGGAUGAUGAAAGCGAUGCGAGUUCAGAUUACUACCUCCAAGAUUCAAACAUAAUGCAUACUGAUUAUGAGACGAGGGAGAAAAGGAAAAAAUCCGUUGCAGAAGAAGUCCAGCUGAUUCAGGAGUAUACGAAGAUAAUGGAGAUUUUGAAGAAGCUGAAGGCGACUGUUGAUAGAAACCGAAGUGAAGCAGUAAAAGUGAAGCUUGCACGCAACCAUUCAACUCUGGCUCAGUACGUAGACUCUCUAUACACGAGAUCUACGGUACACAGUCGAAACCAUGCAGCUUUUCGAGGAAAAUAUGGCUUCACAAUCAAGAAAGUGAUUCCACCACAGCUGUAUAUUGACUUGGAGGAUCCAUGUUCACUUCCUUCAAGCUUGCCUAUUAAAGUGAUAAAAGAGAUUGAGAGAACCAUACCAAAGCCGUCAGAGCAGCUCGUCCCUCCUCGAUAUACAACUUGGACGUUUGCAAAGGGAAAUAAGCGUAUGAUGGAAGGUCAAUCAAUCGAAAACCAAAGGAGGAUAUAUUAUGACAAAAAGAAAAAAGAAACAGUUCUUGCCAGCGACUCCGACGAUGAACUACGAUCACGUUCUUAUAAAAUUAAUGCAGUAGAGCGCGAGCGAGAGUUUAGUGAUGUUGAGGACUUCGUCAUCUGGAUGGCAACCCAAGCCUAUGGAGUGACUGAUUUUCUCUUUCAGCACAUUUCUGCAAUGUUGGAGAGAAAACAAGCUAAUGUGAAGGAAAGAUAUGAGCUCCUUGUGGUGGACGACACGCUUCUUUCGCGCUUGUCACACAUUGAGACUUUUAUAGAGCGGACUGGAAAGCAAGAUAUUGAUUCUCCUAAACUGAAUGGAGAAUACUUCGAGGUUACCAGUAAAAUUGAUAGAUUAUCUGUCAAACACCAAAUACAGUUUUCACCUCCUAGUGGCCAACAUAAGCAGACUGUGCGAAUACGCUGCGAACGAGAAACAAUUACAAAAGAACCAAUCGAUUUGGUUGCAGCGAUGAGUACAUACGACAAUCUCUUCUGCCGUCUUUGCUUGAAAUUUCACUGUGAGCUACAUGGCUACUCUCAACCAUUGAUUCUUCCGAAUGAACUGCAGAAUCCAGAGCCGAGGGUAUAUGAUCCAGCACAACCUUGUGGUGAAUAUUGUUAUCUUCUGUUCAAUAUUAUCCCCGGAAAAGAAGCAUGGAGCAUCCUUGAGAGGGACCUCUUCUGUAAAGGACUCCAGAUAUUUGGCAAGAGCAGCUGCUUAAUUGCUCAGAACCUGCUGAAGGGUUGCAAGACUUGCUCUGAGGUUGCAAGUCGGAUAGCCACAGUAGAAGCCGAAAGAAGUUAUACCCCACAGGAAGAAUUUUCAUCCCAAGAGGGUGCAGAAAGACCAAAAACUCAAAAGAAAAAGGCACCUCGUAAAACGAGGUUUACUAUAUCGUCUCAAAGGACCAUCGUGAGGAGGAAUGGCCACAAUGGACGGCAUCAAUUCUAUCCUUGUAAAUGUGGCUUAAUUUGUGGACAACAGUGCAUAUGCAAGGAUCGAAAGAAUUCAUGCGAAAAAUUCUGCGGGUGUCCAGGAAGUUGUAAGAAUCGAUUUCCGGGAUGCAAUUGUGUUAAGAGCCAGUGCAGCACGAAGCUUUGCCCGUGCUUUAAUGCAAGCCGUGAGUGUGAUCCUGAUGUCUGUCGCAACUGUUCUAUUGACUGUGAGCUCACAACUUCAAAAGAUUCUUCAACUAUCUCUGCAUCUGGACGCAAGCAGUCAAAAUGCCAAAACAUGAGAAUUCUAUUGAAUCAAAAGAAGUCGGUGCUACUUGCCAGGUCCGAUGUGAUCGGGUGGGGCUUGUUUCUUAAGAGUGAUGCGAAAAAAGAUGAUUACCUCGGCGAAUACACCGGUGAGCUUAUAUCACAGCGUGAAGCAGACAAACGAGGAAAAAUCUACGACAUUGUGAAUUUGUCUUUCCUUUUCGAUCUGAAUGACAAGUUUGUCAUCGAUGCAUAUCGUCUAGGGAGCAAGUUCAAGUUUGCCAAUCACUCCUCCACACCAAAUUGCUAUCCAAAGGUUCAAAAUCCUUCACUAUUGCACUGGAAAGAAUGAAUCUUAAGGUUCGAUACGACACUGUUAUCGAUCUCAACCUCAACCUCGAGAGCGGAGGAGGUGUAGUUAUGAACCUCGGUAACGAUGGUAUUUCAGCUGGUUAGACAUAUGUACGUAUUUAGUUCAAGGAAGACUGAAAAGUUACACCAAAUGAGGACCAUGCAGGUAGUGCUGGUGGCGGGAGAACAUCGAGUGGGCAUAUUCGCGAAAAGAAAUAUAGCAGCUGGAGAGGAACUCUUGUUCGACUACCAAUAUGAGAAGAAGCUAGGUGAAAGAACUCCGUGGUGGGCCAAGGGCAAGAAAAGAUCAACAGUUGGUUCCGGAUCAAGCAUUUCUUCAUCUGGGCCGAGACAGAAAACUUAUCCAUAAGAGUGCAGUCUUCAGGCCAUCAUGGAGACUCCGUUGUCUUCAGACACACUAGCUGCCUUCCUGAUACCAGAAUCAUCAACCUCAGCAUGUGAUUCUUACAUCGUCUCUUGCCUUGUAGUUAAAGUCUUGUUUAUGGAUCAAAUUUCCUGGUCCCAAUUCUUCUAUAAAUCUUUUAUUUUACUAGAAUGGGGAUGUUUAUGGCAGAAACGCACUGUUUGAUACAACUGAACAUGCUUAUGAAUG